AUGGUCGCGUUUCACUGUAUGAUUUGGCGCAAUCUUUGAAUGUCGAUUACGAGCACAUUGAAAGUGCGGUGUCCAUCAUUUCGAGGGAAUCACCGAAUUUCAUACUUUGCAACGCUGAAUUGAUUUCCAGAUUUGUUGUUUCACUAUUUUGGCAACAUUUGGAUUAUAUAGAUGUGUUGUGUAAAGACCUGAACGAGCAGUUAAUGGAUGUUGGCAUAGUUUCUAUAUCGCAGUUAGCAAAAACAUGGAAUUUGCCUACUGAAAUACUUAAUAAUUUAAUUCUGGCAGAAGUUGGCUCAAAGGUUGAUGCUAUACGCGAUGGUGGUGCGCUUUAUACUCGAUCUUAUUUAUCUGCUCAACGAAAUACUAUUAGAGCUAUGCUUUGUGGACUAACCAAAGUGACACCAAUAGCUAGAUUGCAGUCAGAAUUGCAACUAACAGAUGCAAUGUUUUGGUCGCUUUUCGACGAGCUCGAUGCAAUGAAAGAGGCCCCUGGAAAAAUAGUUGGUGCUCGUACUUCAAGCCACUGUCUGUAUCAUCCAAAUAUUUGUGCCAUUCUGGUUAAACAGUAUAUAUUAAAGACUUUCUUGCAAGAGGGAAUGUUGAAGUUGGCAGUAUUUAAGAAACUUUUCGUAUCAGAUCCGAAACUUUAUAUGAAAGAAAUAUUGAAAGACACAGAGUGUUCGACAUUGAUAUAUUUCCCAUCCGCUAUUCUAAGUAUAAAAGUUUGGAAUGAAAUUGAAGAAGCUGUGAAGGGAGAGAUGAAUUCUAAAUCGCUUGCUGAUGUCCGGUUGCAUAUGCCAGAAAUUAUUCAAAGUAAGGCAGAUAUUAAGCAAGCAGUUGUUUUUUUGAUGAAGAAUAACGAGGGUUGGCUGUUCAUUCCCGAUACUUCUUAUAUCUACAGUCAACAACUUCUCUCAUUUGCAAUGAAAGCCUUGGAUGGCUUGAUCAGUACACGGGCUGAAGAGAUAUUUUCUAUCUGGGAUAAACAGAAAGCAUUCAAAAAACAGGAAAAGAAACAAGAUGAAGAUUGGGGUACAGCGAAAAGCAGGAAAGGUAAAAGUGGGAGAGGAAAAGCUGUGAAACAUAUUCUUCCUGAAGAAUCAACUCUGGACUUGCUUAUUAGAUUACCCAAAGAAGAACUAAUCAAGGAACUAAAAAGAACGAGUGAUAUACCAAAUGAACUGCUAGAGGAUGUUACUGAGCAGAUACGGACAAAAGCAGAGACUUUGUUAAGAACUCGUGCAGAACUAUUGCUGCAUGAUGUGCAUGCGAUAUCCGUACAAGAUCAAAAGCGUGCACAUGCACAACUGCAGGAAACAUUAUGUACUCUGUAUGAUAAUAUUUGUAUUUUCGAAGAUGGUGCAGUCACUUUUGAAGAUGCAGUCGCUGCUAAUCUCAAGAUACAUCUUCUUCGCACAUUGUGUACACAUUUUGCAAAUAAUGUAUUAUCUUACGUGUCGAGAACACAAAAUGUUGAUACUCUUACCACAAAGGCUCGUAAUGAAACAAUAGCGAUUAUUGAAAGUGCAGGAAGUCGUAAGGCAGUUGAGAAAUUGUUUGCAGCAUUGUCAGCAAAGGAUCUCGAGUCGUUUCAUGAUGCAGUAUUUGGUAUUUGUUUAUCAACCGUUUGCGCCUUGAAUUUAAAAGUGCCCGACAAAAAGCAACGCGUGGAAUUGAUCAAAACCUAUAAAGAUCAAUUAGUUAGCCAAUUACGCAAGUGCGCAGAUCUACCUUCCGGUCUUCUUUUAACGCUUCUGAUAUUACUUGCAAGAAAUGAAAAAAUUGCGGUUCAUGCCUCGGGGAAAUUUGUUUCACAUUUAAUCGCAAAGGUGGAAAGCCAUCCAGAAACGAGUGCGGAGCUCUCCGAAUUAUUAAUUAGUUCCCAGAAAAUGGUUAUUUCGAGUAGGCAUGCAAAAGAUGAUGUAAAUCUUAUGACAAAAUUGAAUGAGAAAUUAGUGGCAUUAAUAGCAGCAGUAAAUGGUUUCGAAUAUGUGGAGAAAUCAAUAGUUGAUAACAGCGCACACGAAUUUAAUUAA